AUGGCGCCGGUGAUGGGUCCUGUCCAUUUUGAUGCUUCACAUACCCAAAUUUUUAGGGACAAUCGGACCGUUCUUAUCACUUCACCACUUCAGGAGAAGUCCCAGGAGAAGUCUACGCUUGACAUCGCUCAACGUUUCGAGCGAAGACUUGCGCAGUAUAAUUCAUCUCAGAACAUAAUUAAGCGCUGGUUCUUUGAGAUUAUGAGUUGGGUGGCAAGCGCAAUAUGUAUGGGCGCCAUGAUCGGCAUCUGUGUGCACUCUCGAGACCAACCCCUCAGUACAUUUCCGCUAGCUCUUUCCAUCAGCAAUGCCUUGUCAAAGGUAGCAUCUGCUGCUCUGAUUCUUCCCAUAUCUGAAGCCAUUGGACAACUAAAAUGGGCAUGGUUUGGUGGAAGCAAAUCCAAGGAAAUUGUCGACUUCGAAAUUUUUGACAAAGCGUCUCGCGGUGCAUGGGGCUCUUUUUUGCUUCUCUUUCGGACUCGAGGGAAGUCGCUAGCUGCACUUGGUGCAGUCUUGACACUUCUCCUAUUAGUGACCGAUACGUUCUUCCAACAGGUCAUCGAUUUACCGGAACGAUGGGUAAUCCAAGGAUAUGGCGAAAUACCUCGAGUCGUACAAUAUGAAAGCGAAAUUGGAAAGUUAUAUAUAGACGGAGUACCAGCUAGUCGGCUAGAUGUCUACCUUCAACAGACCACGGAAAUGUACUUCUACUACAACGGUAGCUCUCCGUUGGCUUUUGGCAACGGAAAAAGGCCAGAAAUACCGCUAUCCUGUCCGUCCAGUCGGUGCGAAUGGGAUACAUAUGACUCUCUUGGCUUUUGUAGCGCUUGUGCCGAUGUCUCUGAACUACUUACAUAUGCCUGUCUGGAAACAAAACUGGACUGGAUAUCGACGGUGAAAUACAAUUCAAGUCAUUAUCCAACAGGGACUUCGUGUGGCUACUGGUUGAACGCCACCAGUGAUGCACCGAUGCUCAUGUCCGGGUAUAGAACCGAUCAGGUCUCUAACGCCACAUCUGAGGGAGAGGCCUUGCUGUUGCGAACGCUAUCACUUACCGCACCUUUCAAUUCGAUUUUCCCCUUCUCAUCUGUCCCGUUCUUUAACGGAUCGGUGAAGUUUCAGGAUAUCUAUUCUCCGGUCCUUGAUGCUCUAAUUGUCAGCGCACCUGAUGGCACCGCGAGCAGUGUCUAUAGAAGCGUACGUCCUGUUGCCCAAGAGUGCAUCAUUGCAUGGUGCGUCAAAACCUUUCAGUCCUCAUAUGCGGAAGGUAAGUAUGAGGAAACUGUGAUUGGGACUUUCAUGAAUAGAACGGCUCGUGACCAACCAUAUCCCCGGGAAGCCUACCUCGAGGUUUCAGAAGAUUCAGUAUCAGUUUUCACUCAGUUCCAUGGAAAUAUUACUAUUCGACCACCAUGGAUGAAAGCUGGAUCGCCGGACUAUGGGACCUCAAAUGGCACUCACUCAAAGGCUCAAGCGCUCUUUGACGACAUGUUCCCGUCAACGAUCACAGUUGCAAAUUCGACAGCUGUCUCGUGGUGGCGCAUCGCGAUAUAUGCAUGGGACUACAACCACCUACGCCUCGGUGCCGGAUGCUCAUGGUUGGCACCUAACAACAUCACUAAGUACGUCGAACGAUUGGCCACAUCUAUGACGAAUACCAUUAGGUCACACACAAGCCACGACUUUGUGCGAGGCACAGCGUAUACACAAACCACCUUCAUUGCGGUGCACCUCGAGUGGCUGAUAUUUCCACUUGCUCUACUUUGCUUCAGCCUUGUUUUCUUGAUUGCGACAAUGGUAAAGACUUCAAAGGCCACAGACGAAGAGAUGGAGAGAUAUUGGGACGACAAGCAAGCUGUUCCGAUUAUUCCAAGCAAGCUCAAACUCGCCAUUGCGGAAAAAUUGGGCGGAUUACAAAUGGCCAAUGUCGCUAAGAAACUUCCAUCACAUACCCGCUCCUCUCGCUUCACCAAAGUCUUCACUAUUGGAUAG